UUUUUUUUUCCUUUCGUACUACCACUGCUACCCUUUAUUUCUAUUGUUGUCUCCACAAUUUCGAGCGACAAACUUUUCUUCUUUCUCUCUUUCUCUCUUUCUCAGUGUACCCAUUUCUCUCAUUCCUUUCCACCUCAUUCUCUUUCUCCAAGGAAGAUCUUUGCACUAAAACAAUAUUAAAUCCAAAAGGGACCUCUCAUGGACGCUCUUAACCAUUUGCUCACCGAGUUCUUUGCCCCAGGCACCUCUGCUGAGCGAAAGCGAACUAUUGAGGCACAAUUGGAGGCGCGGCAGUUGACAUUAGGCGAAUGUCAGUUUAUGCUUUCAAACGCCCAAUCCGAUUAUCUAGCUUGGUUUGCCACCUCACAAUAUCAAAAAAGAAUUCAAGAAGAAUGGACUUCACUUGACCAAGAGCUUAAAAGUGUCAUUCAGUCGUUCCUAUUUGACUUUCUGCAACAACACUUUGGAUCCGGUACAGGGCCAGGAUCAGGAUCAGGAUCAGGAUCAGCGUUGGGAACAGAGAUUGGAGCAGAAUGGAGACUAGAUGUCAUAUCAGCUGAUGGGACUGGUGGCGGUGCUGAGGCCGCCCCCGGAACAAUAAACAGUGCGCCACGCUUUUCACCAUUUGUACUCAAUAAGGUAGUUCAGCUCAUCACGGACAUCGCAUUACUAGACUGGCCUGAUCGAUUCCAGGGUCUCUUUCCUCAUAUCCAUAGAUUAUUACAAAGUAAAAACAAAAAUCAUUCACUAUUGGGCUGGACAUUGUUAGAGGCUGUAGUCCAGGAGUUUGUUGGGACAUAUCCUGCAUUGGGGUCGGGUAAAUCACAUCGGCAUCAUUCGACCCUUUCACAGCAGAGGCGGUACCUGUGGGAACAGUUUAAAGCACAUGCACCUGAUCUCCUAAAUCUUAUUGUACAGCAUCUCGAUACUUGUUACAGCAAGAUGUUAAUCAUGCCACUUUCAACUGAGGCACCAGCACCUUCACCUGUAGAGCAUUCUCUUUGGGGCAUGUCAUCUUCUAGAAGACCUAGCGCAGCAGGUCCCUAUCUGACUUCGCCAUUGACGCAAAUGAACAGCUCAUUUCAAAAUUCCUUCACAUCGUCACGGACUGUUCCAGGAUCCACCAGCAGCUCAGCUAUGGGGAUGAGUUUACAAGGAGGAGACGUUAGUCCAGUUCAGUCGUACGGGAAAUCUCCAACUACCAUGCUUCGUAAAUCUCUCGGUCAGGCUCUAGGAGGGCCCAUUAAUGAGAAUGGAGUGCAUUUGAGCCUUACGCAAUCCUCUACUGGCCCUGGAUUUUCAAUACUUCAAACACGGCAAAGGGUGGGGUCUAUCAGUGAUUUAGGCCAGAUCGCCAUGAGGAGGAGUUCUAUUAAUGCUGCGGGUAGACGUGGAUCUGUUGACAGCACAACAUUCAUUAGUGGGAGUAAGAUGGAUUCCUAUUCACGAAAGAGUUGUAUGCUGGCAUUACAGGCCCUCACAACUCUUUUGACCUGUCCAGGAUUGGAUCCUCGUCAGGUCUCCUUUUCAGCAUCUAUUACCGCAAUAUUGAAAUUCACUACGCUUCAUCAGAAUAAGACUGUAGAUCUGGGAAUCCUUGCGCUUAGCUGCUUGAACGGCUUGGUGGCGCGACCAGGAUUCCUCGCCACUAACCAAGAGGCGAUGACAGGAGCUGUGCGAGUCAUGGCAGAUCUAAUUCGAUAUUUCAAUGAAGUCGGGGAUGGCAUUGAUGAUGUUGAUGAAAGUUACCUACAAAUGUUUAUGCAUUUCCUAUCAUUAUUUUGUACUUUGGUAAAUCUGGAUCGGGCAGAAAAGGCGUUGGGACUGUCGAAAGCAGACUUUUUGAUGUCAUUUGCAAGAUUUACUCUGGAGAAGGUUUCAGUAGAUUAUUUAAAAGUAUGCAUGGAUGUAUGGAAGGGACUUCUGGACUCCAUGAUCCAUGCUGCGUCGGAUAUACCUCGCCCGAUCCCUCCUCAAGAUGGACUCCGUCGAUUACAGGGACCAUUAUUUUAUUUUAUGUCUGCUCUUGUAGAACGGUUUUAUCAAAUGAAGGGUGCCACGGAAUCGGAGGAUGCUUUUUCAACCUUUGAAGUUGAGGAUGAAGAAGAUCUGGAUGAUUUGACAGAUCUGGUAGAAAGCUUUGUAGGGCUUGUUGCCGAAAUUUUUACUGAAGAAGUCAUUGAGAUGCUGAUCCCAUUACUCACUCAACAGCUCGAGCUUUACUCAAGGCGAGAAAUAGACAAAUGCAAGACUUUACCUGUAACUCUCGGAAUCCUUUCAAGGGUGACAUACAAUUUUGAUCGAAACUUUGAAGAUCGUCGCGAUUACAUAUCCAAUUUGGUUAUUCACCUCGUGAGGAUGACAAAUAUGUCAAUCGAUUAUUAUUUAGCAACAACAGGAGACACGACAGGACCGGCAAAAGGCAAAGAGGAAUUAACAGGAACAAUAACGCUGGCGUUAUUUAACUGCCUCUCUCCUCUUACAUCAUGGCUAAAUCAGCUCUGGAAGGUAGAAAUGGCUCCAGACUCAAACGAUAAAACCCAGACAAGAACCCCAAUUGCGAGAGAGAUAUACCAGGAAUAUGCUCAUCUCUGCGCUUCACUCUUCCAGCGCCUCCUUCCUACUUCAUCCCUUGGAUCUCUUUCCCAAUCGGCAGCCCCCUUAUCUAGCAGUGGCCCCGUUAAUGCUUUCUUGGGCCCUGCCACAAUUUCAUGUUCCACCAUGGAUCGUAAGCUGCUUUUGACGUCUGUAAAGACGCUAGAAAUGCUUACUCUCCAAGUCAGAAUACCUUCCAAUCUAUUAUCGACCGGUGAACUCCUCCCUUGGGACUUGGAAUCUGUGCGUGGGAUGGGAUCUUGCUUGAGCCAGAAUGUGAUGCACUGCAGUAGCUUUAUGGGCUUAGAGUUUAACACGUCUUCAAAGGACAUGCUUAAGGGAGGAGGAAGCGACAGGGCCGAUGAGGAAGAAGAGCAAGAUCGGAAAGACAUUACGCCAGAUGAUGAAUUAUUUAUGCUGGCGUAUCUUACCUUGAGCAAUUUUAUCACAUUGGAUCCAAAGACAGGGCCAGAGUUGCAGUCUGCAGCACUACAAGCUUUCGGGACUUUGGUUGCGCCUAUUGUGUAUCCGCUACAGAGCAUAUUGCAAGAGGCGAGAUCUUCUCAAGGAAACCAUCUGUCCAACCCCGAAGUCAAGUUCCGUGUCCACCGCUGCCUGACCAUUUUGCGUACACUGAUCAAGUCUGUCAACGAGGCCUCUGUUGCUUCACGGACACUAGUCUAUGAAGGGUUGAAAUCAGCUCUUCCUCUUAUUCAAGAAUUUUUUGAAGCUUACAUUGACGACCAUGAUAUUUCAAUGAAUAUCCUAAAAUUUUUUAGAGAGUUAAUCAGGAGCCUCUACAGGCAGAUUGGGAUGAGUCAAUGUAUGGAGAUUGCUCGUGUACUCAUGGAGCGAUCUACUAAUCCUUCACUGCUUGAGAAUGCCCUAUCUUCAACUCCGUCGCAGCAACAUAUUAGCCCUAGUGGAAAUCCACAACAACAGGCACUCCAUCAGCAAUCCUUUGUAUUGCAUCAACGGAAGAUUAUCCAGAGGAUUCAGCUCUCCGUUUCGAUACUCAGGAUCAUUUUAGAAUUACCAGGAAAGGAAAUUUCACAGUCACUGCCAAGCUUCAUUCAAUUCUUAUUUGUGCAAUUGGGACCCAAACUCUUCGAGGCACAACAGCAAGGGCCUCAACAUCCGACAGGGCUGGGAUCAAAUCGUGUCAAUCAGGAGUCGAGCAUCGAUAAUGGUGUCUAUGACCUGAUUACUGUGUUCUUUUCCACAAUCCAGACCCUUCUUACACAUCACACUCGGUUCUUUUUCGCUAGCAAUGGUACCAAUAACCUUCAGGCAUCUCAAACGCUUCAGGGUUGUAUGGAAUACCUCGCACGUGGUCUCCACCGUCAAGAGCCUGAUAUUGUUCGCCAGUCGAUUGAGAUCCUUUGCGCACUCCAAGAUCACAGCCUGUGUCAUCUCUUUGACCGAGUUGAGUUUCAAACAGCCUAUCGUUUCGAAUUUUUACAAAUUUUGCUUCGUUUGGCGCUGAGCCAUGAACACGAUCUGCUAUUGGAGGAUAUUGCGGGCUUGAUUCACAAAUUGGUGAAAAAAGGCGACCGAGAUCCAGAGGACAAAUUUAUGACUAUAUGGCAUGUUGACUUGAAGCGCUUUGUGGCAGCCUUGAAGCCUUCUCAAGUGAAGGUGAUGCCAGUAGCAACAUCGACAUUUAUGUCGGGCUCUGCAUCUCCUUUGUCUGUACCAUCGUUAUCAGUUUCACCCACUCCACAUUCACCACAUUCACCACAGACGCAGACAGGCGGAGCCUCAAGACCCUUUCCGGAUGAGGUUAAAGAAGCAUUGUGGAAGGAUUUGAUGAACCUCGGGGAUGGAAGUUUAUAUAGAGAAGCGUUAUAUGAGUUUGUCAAUGAUGCACAAGUCUAUGCACAAAAUCUCCUUGUUCAUCCAUAAAAG